GUGUGUGUGUAAAUGUAUACUAUUCACUAUAGUUUGUACAGUCAACCAAAGUAAAAUGUAUAAAUAGAUGAAUAAAUAUUAAACAUUCUUUUAAUAACACAAUAAUGCUGCCAUAUAAUUUAUGUACUUUAUACAGUGAUCUAAAAGCAAUAGAUCACGCCAGGCUGUGGUAUUUGCUCAUUAUACCACUGUUAAGGGGCGUUGUCCGGCCCCGACGCGCAGCGGAGGGCCGGCGACGCGACUUUCCGUCUCGUAAACGGUCGUUGCCAUUUGAAACGGUCGAUGCCAUUUCCGACCAUGUCCGAUUGCGUCCGCUCUCCGAUCUUGAAUUCCGAAUGCUUCGUGAAACGGUCGAUGCCAUUUCCGACCAUGUCCGAUUGCGUCCGCUCUAGGAGUCAGUUAAAAACCGCACAGGGUGGAAUGUUUUUUUCCGCUCAGUUGCCGUGAGUAAUUAUGAAACUAUCUAUGCCAGUCAUACAUAAUGAUUGAUUGAAUAGAGGAGACCUGGGACAGUUGCAACACUUUUUGCUAUAAUGGCUCUUUUGCUUAGCAACCAUUUGAAUUUAAGGGAUGAUAUUUGAAUAAAAUAAACUUACAUCUGUCAGCUAUUCAUCAAUACAAUUUAAGGAUGAUUACCUUAAGUACAUUAUUCACAGUUGGCCUUUGAAUGUAAGAUGCCAACAGCAACUGUCCCCGUAAAGACACCCAUGAUAAAGACUGAUAUGCUCGGAUAUAAAUAACAAUAAUCGGGUUAAAUAACUUCACAUGGUGUGUCUGGUGUGUUUCCAGCAUUCGUAGUGUUGAUCAGCAGAUAUAUAGUCCGCCAAGACGUUGAGGUUGCUUAGCAACCAGAGACUCUGUCCAUGCAAGUGAACGGAGCGUUCCCUCUUCGUCAUAACUAUCAAACCAAACAUCCUUCACAUUCACCGAGCGAACAUUAUGAAAGUAAAAUGCACAUUUCUCGUUAAAAAUGUUUCCAUAAAAGCAUUUAAUGGCGUAACUAUGUUACUAUUUCCACACAGAAUAAAGAAAGAUGUCGGCCGUAUGCUUCUGUCCAAGCUCACUACUCUCUGCCAGUGACGUCGGGUCAAGCUCAACGCUGAUUGGGCAACGCGGCUAAUCAAUUCAAGAUCGGAGAGCGGACGCAAUCGGAAAUGUUCGGAAAUGGCAUCGACCGUUUCAAAUGGCAACGACCGUUUACGAGACGGAAAGUCGCGCCGGGGACCCCCUUCACACAGUGGUUAUUGAACAUGAAGACUAAACUGAAAGUCAUCGGUGGACAGGGAGGCAGUUCAUUUACUUUUACUGGCCGUGACAAUGGUGCCACCCUCAAGAAGAUUGGAGUGGCAGUGGGCGGCUGGCAGAUCAAAGCUGUGCGGGCAGAACUGACUGACGGGCGUGUGAAGACCUUUGGAGAAUCAGUCACUUUCAAAGAGUUUACGUUUGAACCUGGCGAGCGCUUCACCAAGCUGUCCCUGUGGGGGAACGAUGACGGCUCACGUCUGGGUGGCAUCAGGUUCUCGACGAGUUCUGGACGCGAGUUCUUCGAGCAGAUGACUGGGAGUGUCCUGAAGACCGAGUACCCUAUCAAUGUGGGGUCUGGAGUCUGCCUGGGAUUGCAGGGGAAAGCUGGCUCAGACAUCGACUGUUUGGGAUUGCUCUUCAUCAAGGCCAACACGAGCACACCACAACGCAUGUUCAAGUGGUUGGGCAGGCUCACCUGCCUCUUCCAGCGGGGGUCCAGCAGUGAGUCAGCCCCCGGUGAUGAAGACCGCGAUGACCCCCGCGCCGCUGGCACCCUCUCCCCGCGUACCACAAGCUACGCUCGCUCCAGUGACAAGGAACAGGAGAAGGAGGCCAACGACAUGUCGCCGCCUAGUGGACAAAACACAAAACAGGACGAGCCCCUCGCACCUGAAGCUCCCCGGGCCAAUGCCGUGACCCCAACCGAGGUGACAGAGAGUCAUGACGGUGUAAUCAGCUGCCCUAGCCCCCCUACAACCCAGGGUACCUUCAAAGACUCCACAAGAGAGGGGGAGGAAGUGGAGAGGACGGAGAAGGGCCCUGAAGUGGAACAAAUAUCUGACCAUGUUUCUGGGUUAUUAAACACGGCGACUACACUGGAAGUCAUCGGUGGACAGGGAGGCAGUUCAUUUACUUUUACUGGCCGUGACAAUGGUGCCACCCUCAAGAAGAUUGGAGUGGCAGUGGGCGGCUGGCAGAUCAAAGCUGUGCGGGCAGAACUGACUGACGGGCGUGUGAAGACCUUUGGAGAAUCAGUCACUUUCAAAGAGUUUACGUUUGAACCUGGCGAGCGCUUCACCAAGCUGUCCCUGUGGGGGAACGAUGACGGCUCACGUCUGGGUGGCAUCAGGUUCUCGACGAGUUCUGGACGCGAGUUCUUCGAGCAGAUGACUAGCAUGGGCCUGAACACCGAGUACUCUAUCGAUGUGGGGUCUGGAGUCUGCCUGGGAUUACAGGGGAACGCUGGCUCAGACAUCGACUGUUUGGGAUUCCUCUUCAUCAACGCCAUCAAGUCGUCUGUGCUAACUGACAUGACCUAUCCCAGCCUGGCCAUGUACACACCCCAGGUCAAUAAAGAAUAUAUAAAAUCAUCAUCUCAUCAAAACGACACUACUGCAGCUCAAGAGCAUAAAUGUGCGUACAGCCGAUCUGUGACCAAGUCUACCACCUGGAGCACCACCACCAAGAUGGAGGGCACCGUCAACAUGUCUGUUCAUGCAGGGAUCCCGAAACUGGUGGGGGGGUCUGGUGGAUUUAGCUUGACCACGGGAGCAGUGCUGUUGUCCACAAUGAACUCCUCAGAGACCAUAACCGAAUCAGAUGAGGUCAAUGUGACGGUCCCGGCACGAAAGACCGUGAGCGUUGAUUUGACAGUGGGACGAGCAAACAUCAACCUCCCCUACUCAGCCACAGUUAAAAUCACAUGCAUGAAUGGCAGCGAGCUGGUCUUCCCAUCCACUGGCAACUACAGUGGUGUGGCUUACACUGCAGUGCAUUUAAAAACCACUGAGUCUGAUUAUGUUAUGAAUGUUGAAUAAGAUGCGUCAACAUCUUAUUGUGCACAGUUUUAAUAUUGAUUACAUAAAAUUUGAUUGCUAAUGCAGUGACUGUCACAGAUACAUACAUCAUCAUUAUAAACCUGCUUGUGUUUCCAUGUCCAUCCUUAGAGCUUGCAAAACAAUAUACGAAAAAAUGUCUGUCUGGCUAAUGCCAUUAUUUAACGUUUCAGCUUAGUAAAUGAUAAUUUCAGUUCAAAUAUUCCAUAUGCUGUUAAUUUAGUUUUCCAGUCCAACAGCCUGGAAAGAUAAUACGUUUCUGAACACUUCCAGUCAGAUGCUAAUCUUACUACUAUAAUAGCAGGCCUGUCGCACCAGUUACUCAAGUUGGUCAUGUGCGCAGGUGCCAAGCAGCCUGCAGCUCACACACACACACAGCACACGCAAACCCAUACACCGCAAGCACUAGGGAUGGGCACGGUAAUUCGAAUAUUUGAUUAUUCGAAACGGUGUGGGUAGUUGACUUUGAGAUUUUUUUAAAUUUUUGCCUUAAGUUCAUUCAAUAUAUUCAUUAGCUAUAUUAAUAACAUAUUGUUCAUUAAACGUGUAUACUAAUGCCAUUCAAUACUUGCGGAAGCGAUUGUAAAUCCGCACCCGCCUAUCCCCCGAGCACGUAGAUAUGCACAAUUUUUUGAACAAGAUUGACUGAGUGAUGCAGUAGGUGGGCUUAUGUGUUAUGUUAACUGGAAAUGUUUUAGACAUACUGUAUUUCCGUCUUACACUAAAUAUAUUUUUGUUGAUGAGGCAGGCCCAUGCGCUGCAAGUGGAAUUCUGUUGAUAUGCAAGCCCCACCAGUAGGCUACUUGUACUUUUUGAUGCUGUGCUUCAGUUUCUUGAAUUUAUUCAGUUUGUGCCUUAAAUUUACUCUAAUCUUAUUUCAGUUUGUGCCUUAAGUAUGCAAUACUGUUCAUUCAUAUUCUUGUCAAAAAUUAUGGUUUCGUUUGAUUCAGCAUACUGAUUUCGAGUGGUAUUUUUCCUUCUAAAAUGCUCAAUUGAACAAAUUGGAUUUGAUUUCCUUAUUUAUUUAACUAAUAGAGAUGGAAAACGAAUGCCUUUGUUUAGUGAAGGCCAGAUCACGGAAGAACUUCAGACUUCAUUAUGAGUGCGCUACACAUUAUUUGUUUUUUUUCAUAGUUCGGUUAACCGGUUACUCAAAAAUGAAAUUGCAGAAUAUUGAGAUGCCUUCAAAUGCAUCUCAAGCACGCCCAUACACAACACAUGCACACUACGCACACACACGCACAUACACGGAAAUGCACACACGCGCACACACACGCACACCGCACGUCAAGACAAAUACACGACACACUCGAGGUAAGACGUUAUGUUUUUAAACAUAACGGCUACGCCAUCGACAAA